GCGCACAAGAGUUUCCGUAAUUUAUAACCGCAUGUAUAAGUUCUUCUCGCUUUAUCGAUACGUUUUCGUGCAAUGCAUCGCGAUCUGCAAUCUCUUUUGCAUCUUCGUCCUGAUCCACUUUUAUUCAAUGACAGUAUCUACGAAGUGAGACGCUGCAUAGUAGAAAGAAAAAAAAAAGUCGGAAGAGAGGGAGUGAGAGGAGAAUGAGCGGAGCGUGCGCUAAGUUCGUAACAGAGGCAACGCUACACACCGCAAGGCCGAACGCCGGGAAUACAACGCACUCGCAAAGCGGCGUUCCUUUCAAGCAAUCACUGGGCGUUAUAUUUGGUAGAACGUUCGAAUGUGGAGGAGGUUAUGAGAUCGCAGGAACGAAUACAUAGAUCAUGCCAUCGUAAAUAAGGUGAAUGCGCAUGCGUGCAACAGCGAGAGGAUCGGAAAAGGUAGGACGCACCACCGGCCGGUGAAGCGAGAGGCAGAUGCAUGGUGACCUCCUGAUUGGCCACGGCGGCUGCUAUGGCCGCCGAUUGGCGCACGCGUACGUCACAGUACUGGCAGGUAUACUACGGACGCGGCGAUCGUACACCCGCAAGCCGCAGCAGCGUUGCAGUCGCUCGAGCGACCGAGAACAGUGAGAAGAGGGACGGAAACGGUCGGUCCGCGCGCGUGCUCGUCGUCGUCGUUGUUGCUGCCUUGUAAGGCGGAGAAAAAAGCUUUGUGUGCAACGUUCGUGUGGCGCGAAUAGCUCGGAUAACAACGCCGAUCUUCCUUAGCCGUAGCAAAUAAAACAUACGCGACGAGAGUGUAUAUACUCAUAUAUAUAUAUACAUAUAAAUAUAUAUAUACACACACACACACACACAUAGUGAAGCAUCGCGACGAGGGGAGCAGUGCGGGCCGGGCGCGACGCCGACCGUCUCGAUACACAACCGCGUAUACGUAAACCCGACAAUCCGUCAAAGUUUAAAGCCGCCGUAGGUGGCAUUUUCAACGAUCUAUAUUGUGUAUACCAGACUUUAGACCGAUAAUUUAGAAGCGUGCGCGAGUGCGUCACGGUGCGUCAGAAGGAGAAGAUAGAAAAAAUCGGUGCGACACGCACGAAGCAGAAAAUCGUGGCACAGACGGUGAGCGCGAGAGCAAGAUCGACAAAGAGGGGGAGAAAGACGGAGAGGGGAAGAAAGGAACGAAACGGAGCGAGUUAAAACGCCGAACGGUACGCAAAAGGCACAAAGGCCAUAGCAGCGACAACGACGACGGCGGUGGUAACGGCAUAACCUCCAAAAGACGUUCGCGCCGCGCGAGGCAGCGGUGCGUGAAGUCACGAGGUAUUCGAAACGGCAGAGAGAAAGAGAGAGGAAGAGAGUAUAUUUUUGCAAGUGUGCAACGCGUGAGUCUCCAUACGUGGUCGGCGAACGUGUUCGCGAGUCGUACACGUGCACCGUCAUCGUCUCGUCCCGUGUGGCACCAUCGACAUUUAUCGGACGGUGCAGCAGGCCGGAGAAGGAACGUAUAGUUGUUUGAUCGAGCUUCCCGACAAGUUUCUCAAGCGACGACACACUGGUAUACGAGUACGCCUAGGUACGCGAGAACGACCGUGCCGUUACAUCGGGCCAUCGCUUUUCGUCGCCACAAACGCAUAGGUAAACACGCAGCAACGGUUAUUACGUGUGCAAACACAUAUAUAGUACACACACACACACAUACACUCCUCAUACGACAAACACGUUGGCCGGUUGCUGAUUACUGUGCGGACUGAGUCCGGUUGAUGGAUGAAACUGGCAGAAUGUUGCAACACGGAGGAUCGGGUGUGGGUCUGAUGGGUGGAAACCAGGGUCAGGCGACCCAGAACACUGCCGGUUACGGCAGCAUGGGUCCGGUGGACGGUACCGCGGCUCAAGGCCCCGACCAAGCGGUCGAGGCCAGGAAACAGGACAUCGGCGAGAUCCUGCAGCAGAUUAUGAACAUCACGGAUCAGAGCCUGGACGAGGCGCAAGCUAGGAAACACACUCUCAACUGCCACAGGAUGAAGCCUGCUCUGUUUUCGGUUCUUUGCGAGAUCAAAGAGAAGACAGUUCUCUCUCUGAGAAACACGCAAGAAGAAGAACCACCAGAUCCUCAACUGAUGCGAUUGGACAACAUGUUGAUUGCGGAGGGGGUUGCCGGACCAGAAAAGGGCGGUGGUGCUGGAGCAGCCGCUUCGGCGUCCGCGGCAGCGGCUGCCGGACCGCCCGGGCAGCCGGACAACGCUAUCGAGCAUUCCGAUUACAGAGCCAAGCUCGCUCAGAUCAGGCAAAUCUAUCAUCAAGAACUUGAAAAGUACGAACAGGCAUGUAACGAGUUCACCACUCACGUAAUGAAUUUGUUGAGGGAACAGAGUCGCACAAGGCCGAUCACGCCAAAAGAAAUCGAGAGGAUGGUGCAAAUCAUACACAAGAAGUUCUCAAGUAUUCAAAUGCAGCUCAAACAGUCCACCUGCGAGGCCGUGAUGAUUCUGAGGAGUCGAUUCCUGGACGCCAGACGCAAGAGAAGGAAUUUCAGCAAACAAGCGUCCGAAAUAUUGAACGAAUACUUCUACUCGCACCUCAGUAAUCCUUAUCCAAGCGAAGAAGCUAAGGAGGAGCUCGCACGAAAAUGUGGUAUUACCGUGAGCCAGGUGUCUAAUUGGUUCGGAAACAAGAGGAUACGCUACAAGAAAAACAUCGGGAAAGCGCAAGAGGAAGCGAAUCUGUACGCCGCUAAAAAGGCAGCUGCAGCUUUUGCAGGAGCAUCGCCGUACAGCAUGGGCGGUGCCAGCCAGGGCACACCGACGCCGAUGAUGUCGCCGGCGCCUCCCGGUGGACCGCAGGACAUGGCUGGAUACGGCAUGGGGAUAAAUGGCAGCGACUAUGGCUCGCAGCCGUACAACGACGGUUCCAUGGGAUACGACCCCAUGCACCAGGGCAAGGCAUUGGCUGGGGGGCCAGGCGCGGCGGGAUGGAUGCAACAGCGCGAGGCGGUGCCCGAAUUUCCGCCCCUCCACGAUUCAGCGGAUUCUGAUUCCGACCGGGAAAACGAAAAGCGACCGCGCGUCUAAGACUGUGGAAAAGAAAGAUUAUAUAUAUAUAUAUAUAUAUACGUAAUAUAUACAUAUAUUUUACUUUUUUCUUUUUUUUCCUAAGUGCGAAGACGAACACAAGCGCAAGAGUUGUGUUAUUCAGAACGGAAUGUUUGUGGAAGAGAAACGUAUAAAGAGUGAGAGUGAGUGGUGAGCGAGCGAGCGAGCGAGCAAGCGAGAGAAACGAUAACCACCGACAUGACACAGCAAGACCACCCGAUACACACAUUAUACUCCUACACAUAAGCACACACAGAGAAAAAAUGCGGUUGGGUGGACAAAAUCAAUUUCGUUCGAACAAUUAUUGUGUCUCCUGAACAAAUUAUACGUGCAACAAUAUGUUGACAUAGUUACUAACUACUAAAUCGCGAUGAUUGUGUGAAUCGAUUGAUAAAUCAUUGCAGCAACUAUAUAAUUUUUUCAAUCUAUCGAUUAUUUGCCCGAACGAGUUUCCUUCGUCCAAGCAGAGUCCCGUUGGCUUCACCGCAUUUAUUUCUCGGUGUAGACGCGAGGAAAACACACAUGUGAGACACGACGCGGUUCAGCCAGUGUUCCUAAAACGGAGCGGCGCUCUCGUUCGUGGGCGAUUCUUAUCAUUCGAUUGUAUCAUAGGGAGGGUAGGUACGAAUAGACGUGCGGAUCGUGUAAGAGCGACGAAACGUCCGUCUCGCGGGAGAUGAGUGGUUCCCGGGGGUAAACUGUCCUGGAGUCGCGCCGCUACUGAAUUCUCCAGCUGUGUUGCUCAUCAUUUAACGAAGUCGUACGUAGGAAAAACUACACCUCGAGCUCUCGUUCGGUCGUGAAAGCGAGAUGAAUCGUCGUCUGUCGCAGGACGAUUGGAUCGGGUGGGCACACUCUACAUCUCCUUCGCCUAUAUUCCCCGUUAUAAAUCCGGUCUUGCCUUAUAACAGAGCGCGGGAAGUCUCGGCCGAGCGAAAAGGAAUGGAAACGCGUUAGGUCGAUUAGACACUCUUCUCUUCGCGACGGAAGUUCUCGUUCGUUUCUCCGUGAGACAAUAGACUCCGUACUCUUCAGGUGGAGGAAUUGCGAACGGGAUAGAUCGGAAUCACAUUCACCCGCCACGAAACGACAUACACACGGUAGGAAGCACGCCGGUACCCGCGCGAGGUCUCGUCUUCCGCCACACUUUCUUCAACUUACACAAACAUGAUACGACUCUUUUCUUGUAUCUUCUUUACGUCUUGUACCAUUUUGAACGUCUUUCCGAGUCUAUUAGCCCUCAUUAUGUGAUGCUGGCGAAUGUCUCUUGAGUUCGGCUCAAAAAUACGUUCUUUUAUUUUCUGAGUUCGGCUUCUUUCGAAAAAGCUCCUUUUGCGACGUUCGCGUGCAACACGGAGUUCAAACUUUUCGGGAAAAGGUGAUGUUCCGACGUUUUACGCUGAUCGUGUAAAAGCGAAGACAGACGGUUUAUAUCUCGUAGAUGUGACAAAACUCGGUGAAAUGAAAAAAAUUAAUCCAAGAGCCGUUUUUACAAACAUGUACCUAAAUGAUACUUUUUUUUCUUUUUUUUUUAUUUACGUAAAUGUACCUUUGAUUGUGUAAACAUGGGGGAAAUUGAGACAAAAUUGUGCGAAUAAAUUUUUAAUCGAACCUACUACCUACUAUGAAAAUAAAAGAAAAGGACUGGCUGUAGAAGUAUGGAAAUGGCCUUUUGCGUGAUCCUUAUUGCGAGAAAAGAAAGCGCGUCUCUAAGUUUGAACCUACCCUGGCGCACUUUUAAUCAUUCGCGUCCCGAUUCCAUCGAGGACAUGCGGACACUGAACAGGCGAUUGCGUUAGAAAAUUGAUGUGCAUGACCUGUGACCGCGAGCGAAUUCGGCAAUCACCAUUAUCAAAUACGCUCUUUCCGUUUCCCCCCUUCUCUCGCCGCUCCUUUUUCUUUGUUGCAUAUGUUUCCAUUCUUCUCCUCUUCCCUCCCGGCACGGAAUCUCGUUAUAAAAUUCGUUCCCUCGACACUCGUUUUCUUUCAGUCUCUCUGUUUGAUUUCACCGUCCGAUAUACACGCUCAUUGCAUCCGACAUACACGCACAUACAGACGGCAUCGAAUCCGAGAUCGGUGGCGACUCGAGAGCCUCCGAUUGACCGCCACUCUCGACAGAGAGACACAACGAAGUAUCGAACUCGAAGCGCGCGGCCGAUCACAAUCGGAUUCGAUCGCCAGCCGAAACACACACGUGAUUGCGCCUGUCUAUCCUUAGUUGGUCGUACGUACGUAGGUACAUAUAUAUAUUGUGUAUACGUAUACAUGUGUAUAAAAAUAUAUAUAUAGAUAUAUAUAUAUAUAUAUAUUCUCUACUUUCGUAUCUGUAUAAAAAUGGCACGCCACUCGCAGGCGAAGAAAGAUCUCUUGUUAUAACGAAACCGAGCAGAGGACACGAGGAUUGCGUUUCGAAGAGAGAGAAAAAAAAGAUAUCCUUCGAGCCCGGACGUGCGCGCGCGUUCGUGAAAGUGUCUCUCGGUUUCGAGAGGCACGGUCAUCGGAGAGAGCAUAUUGGCAUAUACGCAAUUUUUCUGAAUGAACAAACGAAAUUUCCCUUAACGUAGCGUGUCGCACGGCCAGAUCGCGGAAUCGUCGCGAGUAAUAUCUCUCGAUGACGAUUCGAUGACGGAUCCCUCUUGCAAAUCUCCUCGGACGAUUUCUCAUGUGCCACUGUGAAUUCGCGCGCGUACACGGCCGGAUGCUGUUUGUUUUCAGGAGCUGUCGCCUUGAAAUCCUUAGGAGAAACGCAGGAAGAACGCAUACUGACAAAACUUAAAAACAGAAUAGAGAGAGAAAGAGUGAAAGUGAGGGAGUGAGAGAGAGAAAGAGAGAGAGAGUGUGAGCGAAGAAUAAGAGAAAGAGGUAGAGAUGCAAAGGUAGAAAAAAAAAAUAUACGAUAGAGACGACCGCAUUGUUAUCGCGAUGACGCUCGCGCAAUCCGAUCACCUCACUAUCUGUGAUCCGAGGCUCGCCUUUGAACGGCGGGUAAUACGAACUAAAAAUCGAUAUUAAGCUAUUAAGGUUACGUAAACGCGCUUCGUGUCUGGAGGCACUCGUGUUCUCUCGCGAACGGCUGAUCUCAUGCUAUCUUACCCAUAGUCCGGCACCAGCGUUUCGUCCGCGCGAAACCUCGCAUAUCCAUCUUGCGUCAGCGAGGCCUUCGAUAGAAAUCGGAGACAUCGAUGCGUGGCGUGACGCGAAAACGCGCGACAGGAUCCGUUCUCGCGACAUCUCCUUAACCUUUAGAGGGCCGCCGGGAUUUGAGAGGGCAUAUCCGCCUUAGUAAAGUGGUAAAAAAGGUAUCUUAUAUCAUGGAUUGACCAUACACUAAGUAUCGAUCAUGGGUAGCGCCAAUAUAUUGGCUUUCCGACCCUCUAAAGGUUAAGACGCCGUUUCUCCUCGUCGGGAAUUGACUGCUCGCCGUCGAACUGAUCAACGUUCAAUUCAGUGUUCAAUUCAUCGGGAGAACAACGCGUCGCGCGACGCACUUUUUUUUCCCGUCAGGCCAGCAUAAACUCGACCCACAUAUAUUCGCCGCACCGGCGAGCACUGAUUUCUCGUAUUUAUAAGCUUUUUACGGGCGAAACGUUCCCAAGAUCACCGCGACGAAAUGCCGUAAACGUUCAGCGGGAGAAGACGAUUUCGUUCUCCAAAGCGACGUUUUCGCCGAUUCGCUAUGACUGAGACUCGAGAACUCCACCAUAACACGAAUGCUUCCAGCCAUCGACGACAGUCUUUCCCCCUUACCCUUCCCCCUCUCAGCGAUCCAUUAAGAGCAAAAAAGAUAUAUUGCAGAACGGAAUGAUAUAUGUAGCAUUGAGAGAAAAAAAAACAGUGCGGAAACGAACGAGAAUGAGAGAGAAAGAAAGAAAGGACGAGAGAGCGAGCGAGAGAGAAAGAGAGAAACGAAGCAAUGGUCCUGCGACACAACACUAAUGUAUACGAUUUUUCAACACGAAAAAUAUAUAUUGUAGCUAUAUUAUAUAUAUAUAUAUAUUAUGUAUAUAUAUAUAUAUAUAUAUAUAUAUAUUAUAUAUAUAUAUAGAGGUAUAUAUAAAAGAGGAUAUAACUAGGCAACUAUACGAUUAAGUGCAUCAUUGUAACGACGAUGGUAAUUAGUACGACGAGGAUUAUUAUUAUUAUUUUAUUAGUUAUUAAUAUUAUUUCUAUUAUUAUUAUAUUAUUAGUACUAUUAUUAUUUUUAUUAUUACAAUUACUAUUAUUAUUGGCGGUUCUCGCAUUGUGAUAAUCGCACUGUAAUUGCAUCGUUAUGACGAUGAUAUAAGUAUCAUUGCUACACGUUAUUAAAGUUUAUUGCGUCAUCUCCAGAGACGUACUUCUCUUUUCCUUUCGGACACGUUCACACCUCGGUUGACUUUUUUCUCUGUUUAUCGUCCAUCGAUCGAUUAUUUGUAGUGAAUUGCGAACCGAUGAUUUCUUACCUAGCGCAUAGGUAAACGAGGAAGAAAAGGAUAUCCCACUUAUUGUAUAAACGAAGGCGAUGCGAAGGUGAGAAUUACGAGUAUCCUCCGAACGAUUAGGUGGUUAAACUCUGUUGUUAAAUAAUAUGUCGCGAGCGAAUCACUCGGCUAAAGAUCGGCUGACGAAUGCAAUUUUUUUAACACUUCAACGGUUUAUUAGCCCCAUCACGUUUGUAAUUCAAUCUCGACUCGAUCUCCGUUUUUACGUAGAUCUUUUUUAACUGAAGCGUUUCUCAAACGAUCCGAGUAAUUCCGAGCGUAGCGUAUGAUUCUCUUUGCGCAAUUUUGGGAGGGGAUUGUCAUUUUUCGCGUACAAGUAAUAGCGCGCAUACGACGAUACAAACGGAUUUGAUUUACGACGAUCGCGCAAAUAGAGUUGUAAUCAAGAAUCAACGACUGCUCGAAAAGCUCUUUCUCUCAGACGAUCCCCUGGGAGUCACUUGGUCCCAACGUCAUGCUAUCUUUAGCCGAAUCCUUCGCCGAUCGUGCGACCAGUACAAGUGCGUUCCGGCACAGCUAGUAUACGAGAAAAGCGCGCCCGAAGUUCGCUGUGAGCACGCCUUCGGGCGUCCCUUAUAGGCUCUACCGUAACAUUUAAUAAAUGAAACGAGGACAAAACGAAGAUGAAAAAAAAAUGAAAUACAGAUCGAUAAUACCGACGCGAUGUGCGAACGAGCGAAAGAGAGAAAGAAAGAGCGAGCGAGUGUGUGUGUGGGUGUGUGUGAGAAAGACAGAGUGAGAAUGAGAUGAGAAAGAUAUAACGUUUAACAUUUACGAAUACACACAUGCGGUAUAAGAUAUUAUUAUAUAUUUAUAUCCUUCACACUCUCUCUCCAGCCCUUCCGAUCUCCUCGUUCAUCCUUCCUUCUUCCCCCGCCGCCACCCUCGUCCUCAACCUCGAUCAUCCCGAUCUCUCCAACUUCCGUUUUAGACGAUAUUAGUAGAAGAAGGCAGGCAAAGUGGAAAUAAUAGUAAUAAUAAACUCGCCGGUGAUCGAGCCGUUCGCUCGACGCGUGCACGCUGAUUAAAGAAAAAAGAAGCAAAAAAAAAACGCUGAUUGUUAAACCGCAUUUACGUUUUUUCGCUCUCUCGGAAGUCUCAUCGGUGUCACGGCGUCGUUAAUUGUCGUCGCGAAAGCCCUUACCCCACUUUACCGUCGCCUACAACCCCGCGUCAUCUGCCCGUCGACCAAUUUUUCGCGAGCCACGGGGAAAAGUUCAAGAGAGACGAUGAGAUAUUUUUGGAAUUGAUUUCUUUCAACGUGCGUGCAACGCAGACGCCCGCGCGCGUCCUCGCGCUCUUUUCACGCCGCGGGGACGCGGCGCCGGCCUGGAGUCGCUCGUUGCCGAUAUUUCGAUACGAAGCACACACACACGUAUGAUCUCAGAAUAAUAAUAACGUCCGUGCGCGAGAGAGACGAUCGUCGACGUUGUGGCCCGAAAGACGACAGUAUACCACAGAAAUCAUUGUAUCGAUUCAAAUCAUUAUGAUAAACUUAAUAAAAGGAUCGAAAAAAAGAACCAA